AUGGUGGUGCUGGCAGCAGGAAUCGUCACCAAAUCGGGCAAAGCCCUGGUGUCCCGUCAGUUCCUGGACAUGACCCGCAUCAGGAUAGAGGGCCUGCUGGCCGCUUUCCCCAAGCUGGUGGGGCAGGGUAAGCAGCACACCUACGUGGAGACCGAGAAUGUGCGGUACCUGUACCAGCCCCUGGAGUCCAUGUACCUGGUACUGGUCACCAACAAGGCCUCCAACAUCCUGGAAGACCUGGAGACGCUGCGCCUCUGCGGCAAGGUCGUCCCCGAAUACGUGCACGGGCUUGAGGAGGAGGCGGUGUCGGAGGCGGCCUUCAACCUCAUCUUUGCCUUUGACGAGAUCAUCAGCCUGGGGUACAAGGAGAACGUGACGGUGGGGCAGGUGGUGCAGAACACGGAGAUGGAGAGCCAUGAGGAGAAGCUGCACAAGAUGAUCAUCGCCAGCAAGAUCGCUGAGACGCGGGAGACAAUGCAGCGCAAGGCGGGGGAGAUCGAGAAGAAGAAGAUGGAGGCGGGCCGUGGCUCGGCGCGGGGGAGGCCGGGUGAAGGGCCGCCUGCCUACCCCUCCGCCCCCGCCGCGUCCGGGGCCGGUGGGUUUGGCGAGUCCCGCCCCGCCCUGCCGCGGCCCGGCCUUGGAGGUAGCCGCGGUGAGGCUGGUCUCGGCGCCUCCCGCCCCAAGAAGGGCAUGCAGCUGGGCAAGGGCGGCCAGGCCAAGGACCUGCUGGCGAGUCUGAAGGCGGAGGGCGAGGCGGUGGAGGACGCACCCUCCGCCCAUGCACCCCCCUCUCUGGCAGGCCCAAGGGUGGGUGCGACCGCCAGCGACCCCGUCUUCGUCUCGGUGGAGGAGACGCUGUCGGUGGUGCUGUCCAAGGACGGCGGCAUGCAGAGCCUGGAGGUCCAGGGCUCCAUGAGCCUGCAGGUGGGCGAGGGCGCCGACGCCCGCCUGCGCCUGGCCCUCACCGGCGACGCCGCGCAGCAGGGCUUCCAGUUCAAGACGCACCCCAACAUCGACAAGGGGUUGUACGCGUCCCAGAACGUGCUGGGCCUGCGCGACGCCGCGCGCCCCUUCCCCAUCGGCGCCCCCCUGGGCGUGCUCAAGUGGCGCUUCCAGACCGACGACGAGGCAGCCGCGCCCCUCAGCAUCAACUGCUGGCCCUCCGUGUCGGGCGGCGAGUCGUACGUCAACAUCGAGUAUCAGAGCCAGGUGCCCUUUGAUCUGCACGGCGUACAGAUCUCCAUCCCAGUGCCCGCCGGCGGCGCGCCCCAGGUCAACCAGCUGGACGGCGACUGGCGGUACGACGCGCGCAAGGGGCACCUGGUCUGGAGCAUCGAGCUGAUCGAUGCCAGCAACGCGGCGGGGGCCCUGGAGUUUGUCGUACCCGCCGCAGACCCCUCGGCCUUCUUCCCCGUGGAGGUGUCCUUCACGGCCAAUAAGACCAUGUGCGACAUCGGGAUCGCUGAGGUGACGGCAGUGGAGGGGGACGCCCCCGUCAAGUUUGGCACGAGGUCCCUCCUCACCACCGACGAGUACGUCAUAGAAUGA